CACAGGUGGCAGUUUAGCACCUCGGGUCCACCUCCAGGGCACAGGCUGUAGCUCAUUCUGACCACUUCUCCUCACCCAGGAAUCGCUUCUAAGGGAGUUUUUUGUUUUUGUUUUAAGUUUUGGGGUUUUUAGGGCACCUUUACUUUCCAGUUUAAGCAACACAAAAUGGCACCAAAGAAGGACGUAAAGAAACCAGCAGCAGCCGCACCAGCACCUGCACCAGCACCAGCACCUGCACCAGCCAAACCCAAAGAACCUGCAAUCGAUCUCAAGAGCAUCAAGAUCGAGUUCUCCAAGGAGCAGCAGGAUGACUUCAAGGAGGCUUUCCUCCUCUUUGACAGGACUGGUGAUGCCAAGAUCACCCUGAGCCAGGUUGGUGAUAUCAUCCGGGCGCUGGGGCAGAACCCUACAAAUGCUGAGGUCAACAAGAUCCUGGGCAACCCCAGCAAAGAGGAGAUGAAUGCCAAGAAGAUUACUUUUGAAGAGUUCCUGCCCAUGUUGCAAGCAGCUGCUAACAACAAGGAACAGGGCACCUUUGAAGACUUCGUUGAAGGUCUGCGUGUCUUUGACAAGGAAGGCAACGGCACAGUCAUGGGUGCUGAGCUCCGUCAUGUGCUGGCAACUCUAGGCGAGAAGAUGACAGAAGAGGAAGUAGACGAACUCAUGAAAGGUCAGGAAGACUCGAAUGGCUGCAUCAACUAUGAAGCAUUUGUAAAGCACAUCCUGUCUGUCUAAGUGGACUUCUCCAGAUGAACAAGUCAAAUUCAGAAAGACCAGAUGGCACACGAGAUCUGCCUGAAAUUCUUGCUCAGUCUGUCACCAUCGACAUGGAAACUGCAUAGGACUGGAUUAUGUGCCUCCAACCCUACCACUUUUUACCAGCACAUCCAUGGGUAUCAUCUCUGGGUCACCACACUUUCAUGUAAAAAACCUGAGAUUUCACCAAAGCAAAUGAGAUGGAAUAAACUGCCACCAUCCAGGUUCAAUCCAUCCCAACCAUCUCUUUCCAUGUUAUUUGCAUUGAAACAAUGUAAUUUCUUGGAAAAAUAAAACAUCAGUAAAUCCCUGUGGUCA